AUGGCAAUUGGAAAGUCAACAAAAACCAUAAAAACCAGAACUUCAAAAAAAUAUACAGAACAAGAUAUUGUGAAAGCAUUAGCCCUCUUGAAAGAAGACAGUAGUAUUUCUGUAAAUUCGGUUGCAAAAAGGUUCCACAUUCCUCAACGUACUCUUCAAAAUAGAGUAAGUGGUACCAGAUCUCGUCAAGAAAGUCACCAAAAGCAACAAAUAUUAACUCCAAGACAAGAAUAUCAACUUGCAACUUAUUUGGUUGCAUGUAAUGACAAGCAUCAAGGUUUAUCACGUGCUGAAGUUGUUGAAGAAGCUCAAGCUAUUUUAAAAGCAGAUGGUCAAGAUAUUAAAAUUGGUAAACAUUGGUGUGCUAGAUUUAUGGUCCGCCAUGAUGUUUUGAAACUGAUGAGAGCUGCUAUUUUUGAAGAUUCCAAAGCAUUGAGUUGUGAUAAAGACGAAUAA